AUGCCCUACAUUGGUGCUUCAAAUCUAUCAGAGCAUUCCUUUGUCAACUUGAAGGAAAAACAUGCGAUUACACACAAAGGUAGUGGUAAUUCCGCAGCAUCGCUGCAGACACCACCGAGCCCUGACCAAGAGAACCAUAUUGACAAUGAAUUGGGAAAUUACGAUACCUCUUUAAGCGAUGUUUCAACUCCGAAUAACAAGGAAAAUGAGGAACUCGAGCAAAGUCUGCAGGAUUCGUUUGCUAGUUUCCGCAAGACCAAACCACCACCUCCUUUGUAUUUUGAACAACCGAGACUUUCCUCCACGGCAUCUUCAUCUAACGACUCAACGGCGUCCUCGCCGCUGACAGGUGAAGACAUAAAGGAGUUGGAGUUUCUUCCGAAUGAAUCGACUCAUUCUUACUCGUACAAUCCACUUUCGCCAAAUUCCCUAGCAGUUAGAUUGAGGAUUUUGAAAAGAUCACUUGAAAUCAUAAUACAGAACCCGAGUAUGCUACUCGAGCCUACUCCGGAUGAUUUGCCUCCCCUGAAGGAAUUUGCCAGCCGCAGGAGAAGUUUGCCUAGGACAUCGGCUUCCGCGAACCAUUUGAUGAAUAGGAAUAAGAGCCAGAUCUGGAAUACCACAUCCGCUACUUUAAAUGCAUUUGUAAAUAACACAUCUUCUUCUUCUUCAGCAGCAUCCUCGGCUUUAUCCAACAAAAAACAGGGCAUGCCAGUUUUUCCUAAUUUGGAUCCAACUCAUUCUCAAACUUUUCAUAGGGCGAAUUCCUUAGCUUAUUUGCCUUCCAUCUCAUCCGAGCAAAAUCCGCUACUUAAACGUAAUAACUCUUUAUUCCGUGGCGACUAUGGAAACAGUAUAAACUCUGAAAGACCAAGUUUUAGACAACCGUUUAGAGAUCAAACUAACAGUCUCCGUAAUAGUAGUCUACUUAAUGACAGCACUUCUCAGGAAGUGGAAAAAAUUUCACCCUACCAUGGUCCUUCUAUAGAUUUAUUGAAUGAGCAAAGAGCAAAUCUGAAGAGUCUUUUGAAUUUACUAAACGAAACUCUGGAGAAAAAUACUUCCGAGAGAGCGUCGGAUCUGCAUAUGAUAUCGUUGUUCAAUCUGAAUAAACUGAUGCUUGGAGAUCCCAAGAAAAAUAAUUCAGAAUGCGAUAAGAGAACUGAAAAUCUGAAAAAAAUUCUACUGGAUAGUCUUGCAGAACCAUUUUUUGAACACUAUAAUUUUAUUGAAGAUAAUUCGACCGAGGACACAGAUGAACUUAAAGAGGAAAUCGAUGAGUUUACGGGUUCCGGAGACACUACAGCGAUAACAGAUAUACGGCCUCAACAGGACUAUGGUCGUAUAUUGAGGACAUUCACUUCUACGAAGAAUUCGGCCCCACAAGCAAUUUUCACGUGCAGUCAAGAGGACCCUUGGCAAUUCAAAGCAGCAAAUGACUUAGCGUGCUUGGUAUUCGGUAUCUCACAAAACGCUAUUCGUGCCUUAACUCUAAUGGAUUUAAUUCAUACCGAUAGUAGAAAUUUUGUUUUACAUAAACUACUGUCUACCGAGGGGCAAGAAAUGGUUUUUACAGGUGAAAUCAUUGGUAUUGUACAGCCAGAGACACUCAAUUCAUCUAAAAUAGUAUGGGCAUCGUUUUGGGCGAAGAGAAAGAAUAAUUUAUUAGUUUGCGUUUUUGAAAAAGUCCCUUGCGACUAUGUUGAUGUGCUUUUAAAUCUGGAUGAUUUUGCCGUCGAGAAUAUUGUAGACAAAUGUGAGUUGCUGUCGGAUGGUCCUUCAUUAUCCUCCUCUUCUACUUUAUCAUUACCGAAGAUGACCUCCUCACCAAAUGGUAGCAGAUUAGAGUAUUCUUUGGAGAGAAAGGCUCUCGAAAAGAGUUAUUCCAGGCCCAAUUUAACGGAUAAUCGAAAUUCUAAUGAUAAUCAACUUGUUAGAGAAAGUCAUUCUGAAUCAUCACUGUCACUGUCACCAAUAAGGACGAAGAAAAGUGUAAAAUUUGCGAAUGAUAUUAAAGACGUCAGGAAUAUUAGUCAAUCGUUAGCUAGAUUGAUGGAUAAUGUGAGGAGUGGAGUAGUAUUCACUCCUGAUGAUGAUCUUUUGCCCAUGCCCAUCAGAGUUUGCAACCAUAUUAAUGAAACGAGGUAUUUUACUUUGAAUCAUCUAUCUUAUAAUAUUCCAUGCGCAGUAUCUUGUACCGUUUUGGAGGAUGAAUUGAAGUUAAAGAUUCACAGUUUGCCUUAUCAAGCGGGUUUAUUUAUUGUAGAUUCGCAUACCUUGGAUAUUAUUAGUUCCAAUAAGUCUAUCCUGAAAAACAUGUUUGGUUACCAUUUCGCAGAGCUGGUAGGGAAAUCGGUUACCGAAAUUAUUCCAUCAUUUCCAAAAAUUCUUCAAUUCAUCAACGACAGAUAUCCCGCAUUAGAUAUUACACUCCAUAAGAAUAAAGGCUUGGUAUUAACAGAACACUUUUUCAGAAAAAUUCAGGCAGAGAUUAUGGGUGAUCGUAAAAGCUUCUACACGUCGGUGGGUAUCGAUGGGCUUCAUAGAGAUGGUUGUGAAAUUAAAAUUGAUUUUCAACUACGUGUUAUGAACUCUAAAGUGAUUUUACUUUGGUUAACUCACUCAAGAGACGUUGUAUUUGAGGAAUAUAAUACAAAUCCGUCACAGUUGAAGAUGCUGAAGGAAAGUGAAUUAAGUUUGAUGAGCAGUGCAAGCAGUUCUGCCAGUUCUUCCAAAAAAUCUUCAUCGAGGAUAUCUACUGGAACGUUGAAGGAUUUGAGUAAUCUGUCAGCAUAUGAGGAUUUGGACCAUCGGACGAAUAAGCUUAAAUACGAAAUUGGGGGAGGGUCCACAACUCCCUCUGAAUCCACUUUAUCCGAACAGGACCAAGCUCCCUUGGAAGAUAAAAAUGAUAGUAGUGAAAUGAUAGUUGAUGAUCCUGAGAUGAAACACAAAUUAGAAUUGGCUAAGAUUUACUCAAGAGAUAAAUCCCAAUUUGUGAAAGAAGGAAAUUUCAAAGUAGACGAAGAUUUGAUUAUUAGCAAAAUUUCACUACCUCCAAGUGUUGAAUCAUUAGCGGAUUCUAAAAGUUCUGGGAAAGGACUAUCUCCACUGGAGGAAGAACCGCUAAGCGAGAAGAAUGUUCUAGAAAACGGAGUAGUAGAUUUAUCUUUAGAGGAUGACGGUAUCAUAAUAACUAACAAGCGAGCAAACCAGCCUACUAGUACAUUCCUACACACCCCAGAAAAGAACAUUGGUGCCCAAAAGCAUAUUAAGAAAUUUUCCGACUUCGUAAGUUUGCAAAAAAUGGGCGAAGGAGCGUAUGGUAAGGUCAACCUGUGUAUCCAUAAGAAGAAUAGGUAUAUUGUGGUAAUCAAGAUGAUUUUCAAAGAAAGAAUUCUUGUCGAUACAUGGGUUAGGGAUAGAAAGUUAGGUACCAUACCUUCGGAGAUUCAAAUCAUGGCCACAUUGAAUAAGAAACCGCAUGAAAAUAUUCUACGGUUACUGGAUUUCUUUGAGGACGAUGAUUACUAUUAUAUAGAAACGCCCGUACAUGGUGAAACAGGAUGCAUAGAUCUUUUCGAUCUCAUUGAAUUCAAAACUAAUAUGACUGAAUUUGAAGCCAAGUUGAUAUUCAAGCAGGUCGUAGCGGGAAUAAAACAUUUACACGACCAGGGUAUUGUCCACAGAGAUAUCAAGGACGAAAACGUUAUCGUAGAUUCCAAAGGUUUCGUUAAAAUUAUCGAUUUUGGAUCUGCUGCGUACGUCAAAAGUGGACCAUUUGACGUUUUUGUUGGCACGAUAGAUUAUGCAGCCCCUGAAGUCUUGGGAGGAAAUCCUUAUGAGGGCCAACCACAGGACAUUUGGGCUAUUGGUAUUCUCUUGUAUACUGUGGUUUUCAAAGAGAACCCUUUUUACAACAUAGAUGAAAUACUGGAAGGUGAUUUGAAAUUUAACAACGCAGAGGGAGUUAGUGAGGACUGCAUUGAGUUAAUCAAGAGCAUUUUGAACCGUUGCGUACCGAAGAGGCCCACCAUUGAUGAUAUAAACAAUGACAAGUGGUUGGUUAUAUAG